CACGCCGAACGAUCUCAUCUCUGAUGCGUGUGCGUUGUUCAGUUUAAAAAAAUGAGUGUAUCUAUGGAUUCGUACUCGCUUAAGUCUGUCCUGGAUUUACCUGAUCCUUUCCGUUCAACUUUUAGUUUCAGGUAUUUCAACUCGCUGCAGAGUGAAUGCUUUUCUACUUGUUUCCACACCGACAUAAAUAUGGUGAUUUCAGCACCAACUGGCAGUGGGAAGACAGUGCUUUUUGAGUUAUCCAUCUUGAGGAUUCUAUCAAAGUUCAUUUCCCCAGAAGGAAGAUUCGUUCAUACAAAGGGAACUCUAAAAACAAUAUAUAUAUCUCCAUCCAAAGCUUUGGUACAAGAGAAGCUUCGGAGUUGGAACCAGAAGUUCGGUUCAUGGGGGAUAAAUUGUUUGGAGCUGACUGGGGAUAAUGAAUCUUACAAUAUAAGGAAUAUACGAGAAGCAGACAUUAUCCUGACUACUCCCGAGAAGUUUGACUCAGUGACUAGGUUUGGCAUCAAAGAUGGUAGCCUGAGCUUUUUUAGUGAUAUAUCACUAGUACUUAUCGAUGAAGUUCAUCUGUUAAAUGAUCCUCGUGGAGCAGCUUUGGAGGCAAUAGUUAGUAGAAUCAAAAUGAUUGGUCGCAGUCCUCAAAUGAAAACAUGUCCACUGGCCCAUGUGCGUUUCCUAGCUGUUUCUGCAACAAUUCCCAACAUUGAUGACCUUGCUGAAUGGCUUAUGGUUCCUAUCCAAGGAAUUAAAAGGUUCGGUGAGGAAAUGAGACCUGUGAAGUUGACUACCAAAGUUUUUGGCUACACCCCAGCCAAAAAUGACUUUCUUUUUGAGAAGCGACUUCAAAACUACAUAUUUGACAUUCUUAUGCAAUAUUCUAGUGGCAAGUCUGCACUAGUAUUUUGCUCAACCAGAAAGGGGGCACAAGAAGCAGCACAACAACUGUCGCAGACUGCAAUGACUCAUGGUUAUUCAAACCCAUUCAUUAAAAGCAGGGAUCAGCAGGAAAGGUUAAGGGAAGCUUCAGUCUCCUGUGGUGACAAACAGAUGCAAUCUUACAUCCUUUAUGGUAUUGGUUAUCACAAUGGUGGACUUUCCCCUAAAGAUCGUACUCUGAUUGAAGGUCUCUUUCUCAGUGGUGAUCUUCGAGUUUUAUGCACCACAAACACUCUUGCCCACGGAAUAAACCUACCAGCACAUACAGUUGUUAUCAAAUCAACACAGUACUACAACAAGGAGAAAGGGAUGUACACGGAAUAUGAUAGAUCAAUGAUACUGCAGAUGUGUGGGAGGGCAGGACGCCCUCCAUUUGAUGAUACUGGAAUGGUGAUAAUAAUGACAAGAAGAGAAACGGUCCAUUUAUACGAGAAUCUACUAGGUGGAUGCGAAAUGGUUGAAUCUCAAUUACUUUCCUGUGUUACUGAGCAUCUAGCAGCAGAGAUAGUUCAACUGACUGUCUCAGAUAUUACAAGGGCAAUAGACUGGAUAAAAUGCUCGUAUUUGUAUGUGAGGAUGAAAAAGAACCCUCAAAACUAUGGAAUACAGAAAGGAUUAUCUGGUACCCAUAUAGAAAAGCAUAUACAAGAGGUCUGUGUUCAAAAAGUUAAUGAGUUAUCAGACUACCAAAUGAUAUGGACUGAUGAAGAUCGUUUUGUGUUGAAGCCUCUUGAACCUGGAAGAUUGAUGACAAAAUAUUAUUUGAAGUUCGGCACAAUGAAACACAUAAUGAAAGCUCCAUCAAGUUGCAGCAUUGAAGAUGCCCUUCAUAUAGUUUGCCGUGCAGAGGAGAUUUCCUGGAUACAAUUGAGAAGGAAUGAGAAGAAGCUUUUAAAUGACAUAAAUAAUGAUAAAGAUGGUAGGCUUCGGUUUCACAUCCUUGGAGAUAAAGGGAAGAAGAAAAAGCGCAUACAGACCAGAGAAGAGAAGCUAUUUAUAUUGGCAAAUGAUUGCUUGACUGGAGAUCCUUUAGCCCAUGAUUUGUCUCUAACACAGGAUAUGAACUCUGUCUGCUCAAAUGGAUGUCGAAUUGCAAAAUGCAUGAAAGAAUUUUUUAUAUAUAAGAAGAGUUACAAGGGAGCUUUGAAUUCACUUCUGCUAGCAAAAUCUCUACAUCAGAAACUCUGGGAAGACAGUCCAUAUCUACUAAAACAAUUGCCCGGCAUUGGUAUGGUGACCGCAAAGGCCUUACAAUCUAUGGGAGUAAAAUCAUUUGAGACCCUCUCUGAAGCAGACCCAAGGAAAAUAGAGAUAGUUACAGGGAGAAAGUUCCCGUUUGGAAAUCACAUUAAGGAAUCAUUGCUGUCACUUCCACCAAAAGUUGAUUUGAAAGUUGAGGAGAUCCCAUGUCCUAAUUAUGGGAAGUCCAAGCUACUUAUGACAUUAACGAGACUGUCAGAGUCUUCACAAGCAACUAAAAGACAUUAUGCUGAUAUGGUUGUUGCUACAGAGGAAGAUAACUUGAUAGUUUUCCAUGAGAAAAUAAGAGUGGAAGAAUUUACAAGCCCAUAUAAUUCAACAAUAAUAGUUAGUGGACCUCUGCAAGGAAAGCUAACUGUCAAUGCAAAUCUGAUUUUCGAAGAAUUCAUUGGUAUUGAUCUACACCAGAAGGUUAUAUUAAUGAAGGAUAAUAACCCAGAUGUCUAUUAUAAAUAUGGAACCAAAAAGGUUUCCUUGCCUCAGCCAACUGAUGUGUUCAUCAUUGAUUCCGACAAAGAUAACGCACCUAAUGUACCAGCUCGUAAGCCUGACAAGUUACUAAAAUCCAAAAGAGAAGAGGCGUCUAUGCCAAGUUUCAAACUCCUGGAUGAAGAUUCAGAUGAAGGUGAACCAGUUAUCAAGAACAACAAUGAUGACGAUUGUGUAAUCAUUACUGAAAGAACUGUUUUUGAUCACAUACGUGAAAAGGCCAAGAGUUUACCUUCUUUGGCAGCGAGUCCAACUACUGAAUAUCCACCAUCUGAGGAGACAUUAAGUCUUAUAAGGAAGCGUACACAUGAUAGACAACUGGCACUCAAUGCGACUGACGAAAUUCUAAACCUGACCGAAGUUUUCAAUUCAUGUGAAGAAGCAAAUGUGCUAAAUGAAAACACUCCAUCCAACAUGCUAAACGCAGAGUCGAUAUUUGAACAUAUAAGAAAGAAAGCGAAGAGCUUCCCAAGAGCCGAUGAAAUCAAGACCUUGCGCACCAAGUCAUCCAAUAGUAACUUUGACUUUGACUUUGACUUUGACUUCGAUUUGGACUCAUUUGCAGAUGCAAAGGCAAAUGUAAUUCAGAAAAAAGCUCCAACCAUUUUGAAUUCUGAGUAUGUGAAACCUCAAGUGGCAAAAGAGACCUUACCGCACUCUGGAGAGAACAAGUACAAGUCUCCAACUAUAGCAAACAGACAAUGCUGUUCAUUGGCUACAGCAGCUGAAACAAAGGCAGCAGAUCCGUUUCUCGGGUAUAAGAGUGUGUUCUCGUUUCUGUAACUGAAUCAUGCUACAAAACUAGCUAAGAAACUGCAUUCAUACAUUGUGUUUUGCGGCUCCAGCUUCAUUAGGUGUAUCCAAUUGUUUACAUGCAUUCUGAAACUAAUACAUGUGUCAUGUGUGUUUUCAAA